AUGUCCGAUGGUGAUUUGAUUUGUAAUUUUAAAAAGUGUAGAAAAAUAUUAACUGGAACGGCUUAUAUCACACGAUGCUCGCAUGCAUUUUGCGAAGAAGACGGUUUGAGACAAAUAGAAAAUCAAAAUUACGAUAAAAAAUGUCCCGCGUGUCAAUCGCCUUUGGUUAAAAAUUACGAUUUGGUUAAAGUUACAUUAAAUCCAAACGAUCAAUUUAAAUCGAUGGUGUUAGCUGGUUUGAGACCUGAAAUUGUAAUGGAUGUCGCAACGAGAGCCAUCAUGUUUUGGAAUUAUCAACAGCAUCAGGAACAAUUACAUCUUUCAAUGGUUACAAAAAGCUUAAAAGAAUUCAUAAGUCAAACAAAAUCGGAUUCCGAAGUCGAAGUGACUUUCUUAAAAACUGAAAUUAAUAACAUGAAAAAAAAACAAGAAGAUUUGGAAAAAGACAUGAAAAAAUACAUACAAAAAUGUAACGAAUUAUCCGAAAAAAUAACGCAAAAAAAUAGAGAAAUACAAAAAUGGCAGGCGAGUACAUAUCGAGUAAUCGUUUUGACGACAAAUUCAAAAUGGCGUACAAAAAUGACGUGUGAAUCCCUAAAAAGAAAAGAAUUAUUAUCGGCUACAUUACAACAAAACGAAACAAAUAAAGCUUUUCGAAAUAAUCCUCCUAUGGCUUUUGAAAUCGGACCUCAAAGCGUCGACGAUUUAAUUAAAGGAAGACGACUUACAUAA